UAGAUACAACAACCAUCCAUGUUAAACAGAUACGACAGACGGGGAGUCAGUCGACACUUCAUGCACAUCUUCGUCCUUGUCGGCGGGAGAAGCGGGCGGAGCAGGUUCGUCGUCCUUGGGUGCUUCUGCAGCGUUUUCAGCAGCUUCAAUUUCGUCUACGGCAUCGUCAGCCAAGACAGACGCGUCCGACGCCGCCGCUCCAGCAGCAUGGUGCUUCUUCACCGCAGCCAUUGCAACCGCAGCUACCGCCAAGCAUCCAAGCACACCAGAGCCGACAAUCACUGCAUCUUUGUAUUCGUAGUCAAACAAGCGCGAGUGUUCGUGGACACGGGUAAACUUGAUCGCUUCGUUCGACAACGACGAGUUUGUCGUGUUGACGAGCGAAGCGUUGAGAAAUUCAAUCACGUCACUGGUUGAGUUGACGAGCGUCGUGUUGGUGCCGUUGGUAAGGUUGAAGGCAGCCGUGGCAACGGUAGCCGACGCAGCGAGGAGCGCGAGUCGCAUCGUGCACAAGAACGGAAAAUGUGGGAAUGGAAUAUCCCUCGCCUUGCCCCACUCGGAUGCUUUGUGGAACCUAGCGUUUUCAUCAGCCAAUCAAACGUGUUUAAGUAUCAUGUCGCAGAACCGGCGCCUCUUCAACCUCCUUGAUUGGCUAAAAUUAAUUGAAUUCCAC